ACCGCCUUUCCUCGCUAGAUGGUGUGCAAGCCACUGGAGAGUACACUUCUCCGCACAGUCGGCUCACAGCAUCAAACGAAGCCGGGACAACUCAACGCUCGUCCAUACCCGGCUGCGUGGAGUGUGGAAAUAAAGCUUUACUCCUCAUUUUCGCCCCAUUUUCAGGCAGACUUGGGAAAGAGCGACGGCCACGUCCAGUUGUGACGGACAUAAUGAUUGCGCUGUCGGAUGUUUGCGUUUCUGGUCAGUGGCUAAGUGCGAUCCUCCUCAGCCUGGGCUUCUUCCUACCGCCGUGUUUGCCCGCGGGACAAACUGUGGACUAUUCCUCCGUGGAAAGUGUGGUCAGCAGGCAAGGCGACACGGCUCUACUCAGGUGCUACCUGCUGGAUGGGAUCUCAAAAGGAGCCUGGCUGAACCGUUCAAGCAUAAUUUUUGCAGGGAAUGAUCAGUGGUCUGCAGACCCACGUGUGUCCAUUGUGUCCAGUGUUGGUGACAAGCAUGAAUACAGCCUUCAGAUACAGAAAGUGGAUGUAACAGAUGAUGGUCAGUACACAUGCUCAAUUCAAAGUGAGCGUAACCUUCGACCUAAACUUCUCAACCUCAUUGUUAAAGUUCCUCCCAAGAUAUAUGACAUUUCCUCUGACAUCACGGUAAACGAGGGCAGCAAUGUGUCACUCAUCUGCACGGCCAGCGGGAAACCUGAACCAGCUAUUUCCUGGAGACACAUAACCCCAUUAGCCAGGAAAUAUGACAGCGGUGAAUAUCUUAACAUCACUGGCAUCACAAGGGACCAGGCUGGAGACUAUGAAUGCAGUGCUUUAAAUGACAUUGCCUCUCCUGACACCAAAACAGUAAAAGUCACAGUCAACUUUGCCCCAUCCAUCCAUGAGAUGAAAAGCCAUGGAGUUGGAUUGGGACGUACUGCUCUGCUGAGGUGUGAGGCUGCUGCUGUGCCUUCGCCAACUUUUGAGUGGUACAAAGGGGAGAAAAGGAUUAUCAAGGGCCCUGGCAUCGACAUCAAGAACCUCAGUUCCAGAUCAGUCCUCUCGGUGACCAACAUGACAGAGGAUCGUUACGGGAACUACACAUGUGUUGCAACUAAUAAGCUUGGGACUGCUAAUGCCAGUGUGCCUCUCAUCCCAAUUAUUGAACCCACCACCACUAGUGCUGUCUCAAGGCCAGCGCCCAACACUGCGCCCUAUGGGAGCACAGCAACUGCGCCCGUCCCGCUGGCCUGCCAGUACCUAGUCCUGGCUCUGACCACCUUGAUGGCCGCGUACUAGCAACGGAGCAGCGAGCAAAGUGACUGUCGAGAGCAUUUAUGAGUCUUUGGUGGCAUCGCCCUUGACUGGAUUCCAAUCGGGUGCAGUUUGUUGCAAGGCAAAGAGGGGGAAAUAAUCUUUUGUUUUUUUUUCCCUGUCAUAGUGAGUUUCAUAUAAAUACAGUUUGUUGGGGGGUUUUUUUCCAAGCAUUUUUAUUUUCUGAUGGAUGACAUAGCCCCUCCUCCUCCCUGGUGUUCAGUCGUAUCAAACGCUCAGCUUCUCUCACUUGACAUUUGCAUCUUUACCUCUCUCAUGACUAUAAAGAAACAACUGUGCCAAUGCUCUCAGUAAACAUGAUUACCAUAACAAUGUUCUUUUGAAUCUAUUGUGGGCAACUGAAUGGAAGAAAAAAAAUACUUUUACUCUAAUGAACAAAGACAGUAGUAAUAUCAUUCUGUUUGCUUUCAGUAUAGCUGUCAUAGUAGAAAAGUCAACUGUAACAUAUCUUUAUCUUAACGAGGCAAGUUUUGGGGGGUUGAUGGGGGACUUUAAUCAAAUGACUGUACAAGUGACUGAAGGUUCCCCUCACAGAUACGUAUAAAUUCUUGUCACAAGGUCUUUAUUAUUUCAGUCAAGAGGAAAAUGCCGAGCUCUAAUGCUUUGCUUGCAUCUUGAAGAUUUAGCGGUUUGUUUGUAUUAUGAGGGUAAGGGGAUCAUUCAUUCCAUUUUCUUUACAAAAGAAGUUAUACUCAAAUACAUCUCAAAAGAAGGUUACCUUACAGUAUUGUUGCAUUCAAGACUUCCAGGAAGUGUGAAAAAUGCCAUUAAAGAUAUACUGAGAUAGCAAGAUUGCGUGGUAAAUAGGUCAUUCGGUUAAAUAAAAACAAAAAGACCUUAAAAAAACCUAAUGAUACAUAGUUUAUAUAGAGAAAGGGAGUAUAUGCCGACAUACAGUACACCUUUCCUUGCAGAGCCGGUUGUAUGAAAUGGCAAAUUCUAGUAUGUAGAGGGGGGGUCAGGCUCACAGAAAGCGUGUUACAUAUUGUUUGACACAAAACUCAAAAAACAAAAAAUGGCUUUUUCCUUCCUGUACUAGUUGGAACUUAGAUUACAAAUUUUCCCACGUCCCUGUAAUGCAGCCCUAAUACUAACCUGACCAUGUCAUUGACACAUUUUUCAAAAAUGAGCUGAAACAUGGCUGAUGAUGUUCAAUGUAGAAGUGAUUCUUAGAAAAGUAUGUAUAUUUAAAACCUUCUCACUUUUCCACCCAAAUAUUUACCAUGCAGCAAAGCAAGCCAAGCUUGAAUCAUCCAUAGAGUAAGUGAACAUCCAUCAGAAGCAAAGCAUUUUACUUUUGUUGAGCUGAACCUGGUGACAUCCAACUUAAUGUAUGGUAUAAUCAUUAUCCAGUAUUGAUCAAACUACAGUGUAAAAAGAUACUUUAAUGCCUUAAUAGUAACCUACUCACUGAAAGACAUUUAGACAAGCCGCUAAAUGUUUUUCGACAUACUCAUUGAUAGAUUCAUCCAAACUAAUAGUCAAAAUUACACAAUUGGGCACAAAUUGUUCAUGUCAAACCGGCAGUGUUCUCACAUGACCUUGAAACUGCAAACCCUCUAGCGAAAUAGCCAUGGCAGUUAAAAGACUUUAAAGCACAAACACUGUUAUUGCUUCGACGUUUGGUUUUGUGGUGAUUUAUUUUUAUUGUUAGCUUGUUUAACAAAUUUAAAAAAAAAAAAAAUGGAAUAAAAAAUGUUAAAAAACAAAAAAGAAGAAAAAAUCUGCACCAUAUGGUCUUGUUUAAAUGUUAAGAUACAAUGAACAAUGAGUGAGGAGUAUAUUUAUUCACUUCCUUUAUAAACGCAAUGUAUAAAAGUACAUUUAAACAGUUAUGUGAGGCUUAUUUGAUUUGAAUAGGCACAAUGUGGCAUUGAUUGAGUUGUCACGACUGUCCGGGGGUUUGCUUAUUGAGUAAAAGAACAAAUGUUUGCAAUCAAUUGACCUCCAUUUUGAAGCGGUGAGGAGUCGUGCACCAAUAUCCCUGACUCAAUGUGUGUUUAUGUGGAGAAAAAAAAUGGAUACACGCGUAUCUUUAGCCCUAGUGUGUGUAGUCUUAGUUUUUACACACUUGAGUGGUAGAUGUGCCGAGCGUGUGCUUGUGAUGCAUGUCGACAUGAAACAUCACGCUUUUAUGUUUUAUUUAUCAUUUUUGUUGUGAUCACAGUCGCCUAUUGCUUAUCUUGCAGGUUUUUGGCGCAAUUGACAGCAGCCUGUAGGUUUUAGCAAUCACCAACUAGCACAGUGGUGCCUUGAAAUACGAGCUGUUGCUAAGGGUUUUGUUUUGUUUUGUUUUGUUUUGUUUUGAUGUGAGCAAAAAUUUUAGCUACACUUUUGAGUUUGAUUGGACGAGUGUCUGUAGCUCAGCCGUAGGGUCAGUGGUUUAAAUCUGAGCUUUGAAAACAUGAUACCAAUUGCCUUAACUAGUUAAAUAACUACCUGAAAAAAACAUACUUGACAGUAAGCAGCAGUUUAGCCGAGCCAGUCCUUAAAAAAAAAAAUAAUAAUAAUAAUAACAUUCGAGGUGUUUAUUACUAGUCGAAAUUUAUGUGUAUUUACAUAAAACUCAAAUUACGUGUUACAGUAUUUAAGGUUGCUACAAACAAUAAUUUUGAUUAUUACUAUACUAUUUUUGUGUGAAGUUGCGCUAAUCAAUCGAAUAUAUAAUACGUUAUCGUGCCAGGUGAAGAUGAUACUCUGGACGUAAUGCUCUGGAUGUACCAGUCAAAGUUGGACAAUGAAUACUAUCUUUAAGCGUCUUUGUGUGGCUUGAAGAGCGCUCUAGAAAUUAAAUGUAUUAUUAUAAAUAAAGAAAAUGCUCGUAAACAUAUUUCACGCUUCGAAGGCAUGAGAUAAAGUAUAUAGUUAACAUAGAACAGAGUGCAAACUUAAGUAAAACUAGGAAAAGACAGCACUGCUUUAUGUGAAACGACCGUGACGUCAGUCCGGCCACGGCUUCACUUCCUGGGUAGAAGCAAAGCCAUGUAGAAAGGGAGUUGCGACACUCUCGCCGCGGAUGGUCACUUAGUUCAUGUAGGCCUGAAUAGUUCCAAGCACAGCGCUGUAAUGGUUUUCGAUGGAACUGACAGCAGUAAUCGCGAUAUUUAUGGUAAAAAUGAUAAAAUCACAUAUCUAACUACUCGUUUGAUUAUGUCAUUGGGGUCCGCCCUCGUGGAAGCGAUGUCUGGAACUAUUCAAGGCUCCAUUAACCAAAAGUAAAAUCGUAUGAUUCAUCCCUAUGGGAGUGCCACAGCUCUCUUUCUACAUGGCUCUGCGUAGAAGUUUGUUUCACCAGCUCUCCAGCCAAUCAGUGACGCGAAGGCGGUACAUUCUGAGAUAAUGGCAUUUAAUUGCCUAAAAUGGUACUGGCAUAUAAAAAUGUCUGAGAACAGCUGUUUUGCAUACAUCUGGGAAAUAUUGGCUAUUAUGUAAAUUUUUCUCCACUGUUACUCAAAUGAAAUUUUGUUUCUUAUCACUUUAUUAAACAAGAUUAUUUCCUCUUGUAUGCACACAAUCAGGGUGGUGUCCAUCCUUUUAACCUUAAUACAUGUAGGUAGGGCUUUUAGAAAUAUUUGUCAUUUGCAAUUGCAAUGUAGAACAAAAAUACUUCAGUUGUACAGUAUGUCUGCUUUAAAGAACUUCAUUGAUAUGCAAAAUCAAAGGUAUUCAUAAAAAUUAAGUAACCUCGUGUUAUAAGAUUUUGGUGUCACCACAUAUAUUCAAACAUGACACUGGUGUUAUAACGUGACUUUAAACAUAACAUGUAAGCAGUGGUGGAUGAAGUACUCACUUUUUUUACUGAAGUAAAAGUACAGAUACAGGUGCAAAAAAUGAUUUAAGUAAAAGUACAUAUGUCUAAAAAAAAAAAAUUACCCAAGUAUGGCGGAAAACACUCAGGUGACUUGAUGGUCCACUCUGAGACCCCCAAUUUGACCAAAUUUCAAAAUUGUCCUAUAUGUACAGUAUGUGUGAUACAUCAUUGUAAAGCUUAAAAUCUCAAUUUUCUGGGGGAAGAAACAUUUAAACAGGAGGGCAUUUUAAAACAAAAUAAAAAUAUAAACCACUAAACCCUAACUGAAGGUGAGAGCACGAGAGAGAAUAAUUAAAGAGACCGUGAUUUUAACGAGAUAUUAUCGCGUAGUGACCUUGUUUCAAUCCAAAAACUGUAGCAUGUAUCACUGAGUGUCAAAACACAGGUGUGAAUGAACACAGAUGGACUUUUUGGGGAUUUUAUGGGUGAAACACAGUAAUAAAGGGUCGCGAUGCAGAAAUCGCAGACAUAAAGGAGUGGUCGAGAUUUUCUUUUUCAUAUAGUUACCCUCUUAAACAAAUUUUUUUUUUUUUUUUUUUUUUUUUGAUCGAUUAUUUAUCAUCUAAAAUAUCGGGAAAAAUGCGACAGUAACAAAAAAAAAAAAAAAUACAAUUAAGCUAUAGUUAUGAGGUAAAUAUCCGUGACCUAUUUACUGACACUAUUUUUUUUCAUUGUGACGUAAUUUGUUUAAAAGUUUAAAAUAUGCAAGUGAAUAAUUUUUUUCAAGUCGUUUUUUUUUUUUUCUUUUUUUUAACUAAAUAUUAGACAUCAAUUAAUGAUUCUAAGCUAAAAAUAAUAGACAUUUCAAAUAAUAAAUAUAAUUACUUCUUUUUAUGGCUGGGUUGAAACAAAAGUGGUUGUGUGGUGUCUGUAAACGGGGGUUUCCAGGGUAAAACUUACAAAUUAAAAAUAGUUCAGGGGCUUAAUGCGCCAUGAAACCGCUAUGGCAGCAUAUAGACAUAUUGUUCUAUCAAACACAAAUACAGCAGUUAAUUUUAAAAGACCAGAAACUGCUUUUUCUUGCCUGGCACGGCCAGACUGCUCUCCCUGUAUUUUUCAAACACUGUGAGAACAGUCUGGGACCCAGUCCAUUAACGGCAUCUCGAGCAAGAACAAAAUCAACCGUCUAAUCAGAUUUGUUUAUUUGUGUGACGUGUUCUUAACGAGAAACGUCACUCUUCCGCGUCGGAAGUCAUCUCCCCAACAACACAGAUGACGAACAAGAGAGCCGAGAAUAUGUUCCAAUCCACGGUAAAAUCUGUUUUAAAUAAACAAAAACAUAUAGACACAAGUCAUUGACAACAGGCUGUCUCGCGCUAGCCAUGUUAAAUAAACUUCUCCGCUAGCGCUGCGCAAGUUGUCGCUUUACCAUCGUCACGUCUGCCCGUCGCUGAUUGGUCCAAUCCGCUGUCUGUUUGCUGUGGCUUGCGCCGCUCUGGAAAUUUGAUCCGCUCAUUGGUUGCAAGACUCUAUAGCUGGAACAGUGGUGAGUCUGGUGUACCAGGCUAUGCUUUUUCAGCCUUGUCUGUGUUUUCCGCCAUAUACAUAUAUAUAGAGAUCUGAGUCAAUAUUCAAAGGAAGAACCAGAAAAUUAAUUGACUGCUCAGUUUUAUUUAAAACUGCAAAAUGGAAGAAACAAGAAAUAAAAUUGACUGCAAAGUAAACAGAAGCUUAACAAGCUCAAAAACUCCAAAAUGUAGUUGCUUGCAAUCAGCUAUUAAGCUGUCAGGUGCAUACAGCUACCUACUGUACUACAGUGUGGUGGUUUUUAUUAGUCAAUAUCUUGUUCACCUGCCUAAUCUUGCUUGUACUCAUGUUGCUGCCUCUAGUGCUCAGUUAUGGUAUAGUUGCACGGGAAGUAUCGAUUGCGCCAGAGGCAUGGAAACGAAACUAUCGAUUUACAAGAGAACAAAGGAAAACAAUAAAAAGUAAUGUGUAAUGCAGGCGACAUUUGAAUAGUAAAUGGUACAGAUACCUGCUAUAAAAUGUAGUGAAGUAAAAGUAAAAAGUAUCACUUCAUUUUUUGUUACCCAAGUAAAGUACAGAUACACAAAAAUCUACCUAAAUACAUUAACAAAGUACUUUUACUUCGUUACAUUCCACCACUGCAUGUAAGCACUUGGACUAGUGAAAUGUUAGCAGCUAACUAUCCAGAUUUCACAAAAUACGUUUACAAAAAUGUAAUUAUAUUAUGCUUUUUUUUUUUUCAUUCGUAUUAGAAAAAUGCUUUAAAAACACGUUUGUGUUGCUUCACUGGUUGAGGUUGAAACAGACGAAUGGGAUUUUCAUUUAUUUGAAUGGGGAAACAUGAUUGGAGAUAUGAGUGUUCCGUGUUAUGGAGCGAUUUAAACUCGUAUCUCAAGGCGCCACUGAUUUCCACAUCAUAUGUACUGGAUUUUUGGGAGAGAAAAGGUCCAAACAACUCCCUUUUAUUAAUUCAAUCUUGUUGUAUUUGCAAUCAAAACCUUGGUGUUGCAUUACAUGAACCCAUACCUGGGUUCAUAAAUACUCAGUCAUAGGGCUUAGUCCGAGUGAAGCUGCUGAGUCAAGUUUUUUUCAUGUUAUAUCAUUGCAUAUUUGUUGGCCCUCUUCUGUGCCCUCGAACGCAUCGUGCAGAUACUCGCUGAGCCCAGAUGGCCAGCUGCCACAGCGCGCACGGCAUAUCGGAUUAUCCUGCUUUCGCGCCUGCCGUCGUUAUUGACUGCGCCGUUGCUCGCUAAAUCUUUUGGCAUAUUUACAAACAUAAAACACGGUUCAUUUCAUCCCAGAAUGCAUUGAGGGGUGGCUCAGAUUGUAUUUUGUUUGCACAAACUAGAAUCACAUGACGCUGAAGUCCCUGUGUGCUCCAGCCGGCUGUUUCGUGAUGCUCUCCAGUCCAAAUUAAAAUGUUGAUAUACAAGCUGAAAGCUCACUGUCUCACCUCCCUACAGACAUCAAAAAUCACCUCAUUUAAAUAAAGUCCUGCAUGUCGAGCAGCCCCACGCUUGACGUUAGAAAUGACCCAUUUCCAUGUAUCGCGAUCCAACUGAUGCGUUCAAAUGCCUGCCAACCCCUCUUUAUGCCAAUCCCGGGAGCCCACAAGUACUGUACUGAAUGUGCCUUCAAAGUAUUUUGUCAAAUACAACAAUGACAAAGUAGACUCUUCAUUUAAGUCACAUUUACAUAAAUCAGUGUGUUUUAUUUCGGGAAAUUUCAACCAGGCCUCCACUGAGAUGCGCAUAGACGAACGCCAGAGAUGAGCUCCAUAAAUGUUUCGUUGUUCUUAAGAAUGUGGUCAAUUGCAGAAGUGGGUAGUAACGCGUUACAUUUACUCUGUUACAUUUACUUGUGUAACUUUUUGAGAAAAAUGUACUUGUAAGAGUAGUUUUACUAAGCCAUACUUUACUCUCUUAUUUUACUUGAAAAGUAAUACUACUCUUCGCUACUUUGGGCGACAAUAGUCGUUACAUUUUUCAUCUUUAGUCUACAUACAUUCUUAAAUUUUACUUUUUUCUUUUGCCAGACACCAACAGUGGCUCAACCAGUUUCCCCAAUGAGAGGUCGCAACAAUAAUCACAUGACUUGUUUAUACCAAUCAGACUGAAGCUUACUGUUCUAUGAUCACUUCAGCCUGUGUAAUCACGCGGCGUCUUUAAAGCACCGUAAAUAAUUAAUUAAAGUAUUUGACAUAGAGCGCCGCCGUCAACAUGACUCGAAAGCGCGGAUUUUAAUUUUUCUUAGUUUUUAUUUUAGCACCGAUUGACCACGGAAAACUAUAUGACGAUAUGAUCCUUUUAGUUUCAAAUAGGAAAUAUGUUUUCCACUAGAAGGCACUCAUGCUCUUUGGACGACGGAUGCUUAAUUUCUUUAAAAAAAAAAAAAAUCUCUCGCUGGAUUUCAUACUAUGGUGCUAAAUCAAGGCCAAAAAUAUUGUAAUCUGAAAAAAAGAAACGAUUAAGAAAAAAAAAUUGAAACUGAAUGUUUAAGUUUUU